AACGAUUUACGUUGGCAUGAUGAGUAGCUCUGCUUCUGCCGCAAAUCUUAUAGCAAACGAAGGUGUUUGGCGAGCACUGAGAGAAAACUACGACUUCCUAUCCCAAGUUCUCUACUUUGAUGCUGCCUUUGUCGGCAAACUCUACGAACGAGACUUCUUACGGCGAGGAGAUAUGGAUAUCUUUUUCAUCAACGCCACCCUUCCUCACAGCGAAAAAGUUAAGCGCUUGCUCGUCGACAUCCUUCCCAGCAAGCCCCCAGAAAUGUUCCCGCGCUUUUGCGACGUUCUAAUGGAAGUUGGACAGCCACACGUUGUGAGUAAGUUGACAAGUGGGAAUCCCCAUGGGAUGGCAAUGUGCCAAGAUGCUGGCGACAGAUCUAUCGAAGUAGAGAGGGUAAGAACUCAAGCACUAGAAAUGGACAGAGAGAACAGACAGCUAGGUAGACAACUAGAUGCAGUCAAAAAUGAGCUAAGAGAGGCCAGAGAAGUGAUCAACAAGAAGGACAUUAUGACUGCGUCACUCAAAUUUCAAAUAAAAACCGGUUCUUUAAUUCCCAAGGUUGCUGACAGUUUACAGUCUUGGACCGAGUGGGAUGUUUAUCUGCCUGACAGCCGAUGGCCGUACGGUAGGGUGGCAGAAAUCGACGGCAGGCUUGUGGCAGCAGGCUGGGACGGCAACCUGCACGUACUCGACGGCAAACAAAGAGAGUGGGACACGUUUGGUCGAGACGGUGGGUACGUCUAUCGCGUGGUGAACCAUAGGGAUGUCUGUCUGGCCAUGCUGAAUGAUGAAAGAAAAUACGGAGAUGUAAUCGAACAAUUUUGUUUAGAUAAAGACAAGAAAUGGCGUUUUUGUAUGGCUCUACCAAAGGAACUUCAGAUAAAAGGCGUAUCUUUUGUUUUAAGCAAUAAUUCGCUGUAUGCUAUUGGUGGAAAAACCAAGCAAGAAGAACGCCUCAGCAACGUCUUUGUGUGUGACCUUCACUGUGGUCAUUGGCUGAGAUUGGACGACAUGCAGACAAGGCGCUCCUACUGUUCUUCCGUUGUGAUAGACGACACCCUAUUCGUAGGAGGAGGACACCUGGAUGAAUUGCAUUAUAGUAACACCGUUGAAUGUCUAGAUAUUCGUGUGAAAAAAUGGAGAACAAUCGCUUCUACAAGUAUGUUUGACUCUACACUCACUGCAGUGGGUAAGCGACUGAUUGGAACGGGAGGACUGACGCAGACAAAUAGUGGUGCUCUGUCUAACGUCGUUGAGUUCUACGACGAGAGAUAUGCUUGUUGGUUGCCUCUUCCUACCAUGACGCACGUACGGUUCGAACAUGCGGCUGUGGCAAGUGAAGGCGGAGAAGUCAUUGCUGCAGGCGGUUUUGACAAAGAUCUGAAACGUUUGAUAUCGAUAGAAAGUCUAAGGAUUCGCUAAUAUUUUUUAGUUGCUUAUGUUUAUAUAUAUAAUGUAU